AUGAUCUACUUCCUGCACGCGGCUGGCCAGAUCCGCCAUAUGCUCCUGAUGGGUUGGGGCGGUGAACCCAUCCACAAGUUGGAAGAUGUUGAGGCGAUCAGGCAUGAAGAUUCGCGAUCACAGAAGAAGAUUCGCUCACUUGGGGUCUUACACCAGGACCUUCGGUCGGAUAAUAUGCUGUGGAACGCCGAGCUAGAGCGGGUGUUGAUCAUUGACUUUCAUCGUUCCCAAUUGGAUAACCGGCCGAUGAAAAAGCGAAUGAGGUUACGAGAGCAGCACUCGUGUGGGGCCGGGGUACACGGGCGGAAGCGACUUCGUAUUGGCCAAUAG